UGCCCCGGAAGCGCUUCUAAGGAAGCUCGCUUUAUCCUGCCGGACCGGCUGUUAAGGGGCGGCUAUGGCUUUGCCGAGGGGCUCCACGGGAAAUCAGCCAAAUCCCCGCGAGAGGCUCCGUUUUCGCACUCUUGACACUGGGAUCAAAACCAAGGCGUCCGAUGAUGGAGAUGCCCCUCCUGCCAAGAGGGCCCCCAUUUUCUACGGGAGCCUGGAGGAGAAAGAGCGCGAGCGGAUCCUGAAGGGGGAGUCGGCGAUGAUGGGCAAAGAAGCCGUCAAAGCAGCCAUUGAGGCUGGCAACAUCAACAUCUCCACCGGUAAGAUGAAGCCCAGCGACCAGGAAAACAUCAAAGUUUGGGCGGUUAUUUUUUCUCCUCCUUUAGGUUUAUCGUAG